AUGGCAGUAACAAAAGUCGGAAUUAAUGGAUUUGGCCGUAUCGGUCGUUUAGUAUUCAGAUCUGCUCAAGAAAGGAGUGACAUCGAAGUCGUUGCUAUCAAUGACCCAUUUAUGGAUAUCCACCACUUAAUCUACUUAUUAAAGCAUGAUUCAGUUCAUGGAAAAUUCCCAUGUGAAGUAACUCCAACUGAAGGUGGUAUAAUGGUUGGAAACAAAAAAGUCGUUGUUUAUAACGAAAGAGACCCAGCUCAAAUUCCAUGGGGAAAACACUCCAUUGAUGUUGUAUGUGAAUCAACUGGUGUAUUUUUAACCAAGGAAUUAUCCAGUGCUCACAUUAAGGGAGGUGCCAAAAAAGUUAUCAUGUCAGCACCACCAAAAGACGACACCCCAAUUUAUGUCAUGGGUAUUAACCACGAGAAAUAUAACAAUUCUCAAACAAUCGUUUCCAAUGCCUCAUGUACUACCAACUGUUUAGCACCAAUUGCUAAGGUAAUUCAUGAAAACUUUGGAAUCGUUGAAGGUUUAAUGACCACUGUUCAUGCCUCAACAGCCAACCAAUUAGUUGUUGAUGGGCCAUCAAAGGGAGGUAAGGACUGGAGAGCAGGUAGAUCAGCUUUAUUAAACAUUAUCCCAGCUUCAACUGGUGCAGCCAAAGCUGUAGGAAAAGUUUUACCAGAAUUAAACGGAAAAUUAACUGGUGUUGCCUUUAGAGUUCCAAUUGGUACCGUCUCUGUUGUUGAUUUAGUAUGCAGAUUAGAAAAACCAGCCAAAUAUGAAGAUGUUGCUAAAAAAAUUAAAGAAGCAUCUGAGGGACCACUUAAGGGAAUCUUAGGUUAUACCGAAGAAGAAGUUGUAUCUCAAGAUUUCGUCCAUGAUAGCAGAUCAUCUAUCUUUGACUUAAAAGCUGGUCUUGCCUUAAAUGAUAACUUUUUCAAAAUUGUCUCAUGGUAUGACAAUGAAUGGGGAUAUUCAAACCGUCUUUUAGAUUUGGCUAUCCACAUCACCAAAAAUUAA